CGUCGGCUGUCACCCACAGCGCUCCGGGACGAGACCGAGGCUUGGGCUGCGAACGCAAAACAGACAGCUGUCUGCCAGCCGCAUCCCGAACGUUUGGCAGCCUCAGACAGACGCCUCGAAUCGCAGAGAGAAAGAAGAAAGAGGAAAUAAGACGAAAAGGUCACCGAAAUCCGCUCUGAUCUGCCCGACGAUGAGGUUUAAAGAGAGUAUUCGCUACGCGCUCCUCAUCGUCAUUGUUUUCCUGCUGUGGCUCAUUGUGUCCGAGUCGUACGAGAAAAGGAAACUGCAGAUACUAGCAGCGACAGGGCAUGCCAGGUCCCCAGUUUCCAACCAAACGGGUAACAAAUGCGGUUUGCCGAACCCGUGCCCCGCCGGCCACUUUGCCUUCUACCUCAAGACCGGGGUGGCCAAUGUCGUCGGGCCGAAGAUUUGCUUUGACGGACGAGUAAUCAUGAGUGGAGCUCACAACAACAUUGGACACGGACUGAACAUUGUGGUUGUAGACGCUGCGACCGGGGAAGUUGAGAAAUAUGAUUACUUCAACAUGUACUCUGAAAGUGUGGAUCAUCUGGUGAAGUUCCUCAAGGACUUGAAAGAAGGAAUGCUCGUAUUGGUCGCCACAUUUGAUGACCCUGCAACCAAGAUGACGGACGAGGUCAGGGAGCUCUUCACCCAUCUGGGCAGCAGUCACGUGAACUUGCUGAAAUUCCGCGACAGCUGGCUUUUUGCAGGAGCCACAGGGAUCAGCCAAAAGAGCCCUUUUGAGACGGUGGUCCACAAUGAUGAGAAGACCAAUUUUUUCAACGGCUGGCCCAGUGCUUUGGACCUGGGAGGUUGUUUUCCUCAGAAGUUUGAACGGUAGCGCCCGGCCAUGGGCACCAAGCUAACCUCACUCACCCUGGGUGAGGGUUCAGCCAGCGCCACCGGGGGUGCAGGUGUGGCCCGUGGUGCAGGCGGCACCGGUUUUACUCAUCAUUCGUAACUUUUUCCAAAGUGUUAUAACUGUUACGUGUCGACAUGUAAAAAUAUCGCUUGAGAACAGAGAUACAUACCUGUGAAUAUCUUUCUAUCUAUUUUAUUUUAUUUUUUCUAUUUAUUUUAUCAGUUGGGAUAUGAAGCUGACGUGAAGAAUGCAUGACCCUGAUUUACAUACUGUCAUAUUUCAUGUGUUUUGCCUGUAAUUGCCUUUCUUUAAAAAGACAAUGAGACUCAGCCAUUCAUUUUUGUCCACUCUAGAGGACACCGAUUCUUUUUUAUGUGUCCUUUUCAAACUGUAAAAGCUGCAGUGCUGAGUCUUGAUACAUUUUAUAGACUGCGUUUUGUGUUUAGAAACAAUGCCACAUGUUUGUGUAGAGGGCUUGGACAACUUUCUAAAAAUGCUGUAAAGAUAUCAAAUAUUAAUAUAUCCAUGUGUGCUUUUGGCACAAGGAAUGGGGUUAAUAUGGAUAAAGUGGAGUUUAAGUGACCAGUUUGAAUGGAACAAGGUUCAGUGUAAUAUUACUGUAUUGUCUGAAUGUUCUGACAAAAUGAUUUCCCAUCAUUCAUAAUGCAACAAGGCAUAGCUACGAUAAAUAAACUGUUCUUUACACCAGUGUUUGGCACCAAGUGCACAGAAGUUCAUUCACACCUACGAUGUGCUGUAAUACCAGUGAAGGA